AAUAGUUGAAGGUCAUCGUUACCGGACAGUCAAAGCUCUUGGAUCCAAAGCCUAUGUUUUUACCACUAAAUGAUGCCACUAAAAUUUGUCGUGUCACUGGAUAUACGGAUAGCGACACAUUGAACUCAUUAUUUGGACCGAUUUCCCUGAGUAAACUUAGCAAAUGUUUAGGCGCGGUCAAGAAGUGCCAAGUAUUUCUUGGGGAACUGAGUGAUCAAAUUAAUAUCGUAGUAAUUCUCCAGCGCUAGUCUCCAAAUGAGUUCAUUACGUCAAAAUCCUGUAGGGAACACAAGAAUAUUCAUCACUGGUAGAACGUCGCAUAAAAAUGUUUCCAGAUUUUGCCGGUCUCCAGGUGGGAUCCUUUUUUCGAGUGUAUCAGGUGGCUUUCCCGACGUCCAUUCCUCAAACGGAUGCUCUGCUAACGUUCCAAUAAAGUGUACUCAAAAGGAAAAUGAAAGGAAUAUCAACCCUGUUUCUCUGUUUAAUAGCCUUUUAGAUCCUAACAUCGAGUUACCGACAAUUAGUGUCCGGGAGGUUGAUGAAAUACUCAGCAAUCUGACUUCCGCAAACUCAUCUCCAUCUAAACCCACAAAUGGUAUAUGUAGCAACAUUACCACCCAUAUCAAUUUCUGUGAUAUAUCUGACAAUCUAUGUCAGGAUUCAGUCGGAUACAUUAAAAGUGGAGCUAUGAGUAAUCCACAUCCUUUCAAUGGGAAAAACUGUUCGUCGCAGUCUGUCAAAGUCAACCUUAUCAAUGAAUCCGAGGCUAUAGAACAUAAUGUAGCUAAUGACUCGUCUAUGUGUAUCAAUAGUCCUCAAGUAGACGGACUGCCUGUGUCAUCAAAUGUAUGCCACACCUUGGUUUUGGACAGUACCGUGUCUUCUGAAGCCGGAAAUUCAUUCAAAGAUCUAAGCACUCUUGACAGCCCGAAUUCUUGUCAUAUAUCUUCCUCUAGACUUCAGACCAUUGAUGUUGAGAAACACGAAAAUGAAGUUCUCCAUAAACAGCGUAAUCCAAAAACCGUUUCGCUGCAGUCAAUGGCUGAUAUACUUCCCUUUUUUCCAUCAUGCCGAAGUGUGGCUGAAUUAGGUGCAUUAGCUCUUGGAUCGGAGUCCAGCGGAACAGCGACUCACAAACAUAAGUUCCCCAAUGCAACACUUCGCUCUAAAGCGUGCUCUGGUACGAACCUCUGUAACAUAUCCACCAAAGACUCCAUAUCUAAUGUUUUUCGUGAUCGCUCCCCAAUUGGAAGUCUCGAUUUGGCCACUCAUGCACGAUACCAAAACCCUUUUAAAGCUUCAAAUAUUCAUGAGGCAAGCAGGUAUCGACAAGCUUAUCUGUCAGUAAGAAGAGCAAACCAGGCCAAAAUUUUGUCCAAAUCUACUGCGGGUACGGGGGAAUAUUCUGUUUUUAAUGCUAAAAAUCAAGGAAAUGCAAACAAUCAACAUGUUUCUUAUCAGUCACCGAGAAGUCCUCAGCCCACAGCUGGUAUGGAGAUCACAUCGACUAAUCGUCUUAGUUGUUCAACAGGUACUACUUCAGAUGACCGUUUCAAACAUAUUUGUCCUCAUCCAAGGUGUGGCCGUCGAUACCAGGCUGAAAUUGGACUUCUUCGUCAUUUAGUCAAAUAUCACGGCGAACAAAUUGAGUUACCUCAAAGAACGCGCUCUGUGGCCAAUCAGCAACUGUUGAGGCGUCCUUCAUCAGAGGAAAGGACAAUAACAUCUAUUGGAUUUGAUAAUACUGAUGAAAUGGAUAAAAUUUGCUCAAAACAAAGUCUAUCUAAAAAUAAAACUAUAUCACUGUCGCAUUCAAAGAGUUUGUUGGAAUCAAAUCACGUUGAAAUGACUAAAAUAAACUUUAAUCCUUCGACUUUACCUUUCAAAACUAUUCAGAUCAACGAAUGUACUUCAUCGGAUGAGUUAUCUUGUGAUAAGAUAAAAGAGGUAACACCUAUAUUGGAUAAUGGAUUGUCUUAUUCCUGUUCAACUUCUUCCAAUGAAGUUGGAACAACUGUUUCAGUGCCAUUGAUUGAUCUAAACACAGACAUACGUUCCAAUAAUUUCCCGAUUUCCGUAGAUAUGGACAGUACCAAUUCAAAUAAUGUUACCAUACAUUCAUUAACAGAUGAAACAAAACUUCCAGUAUUAGUGAAACAACCAAUCAGAAAACAGCCUAGAUUACGAUCAGUCAGCGGAGGUAAUCAUAAUGAUUUACCGAUUAUUAAAAGUACAAUGAAUUCAAUCAAUCCAUCUAACAUAACAGUUCAAUGUAAACAUCAAUUAUCAGCACUAUCGAAUCUAUCAACAUCUUAUAUAACUACGGUGAAUAAACAAAAAGUUUGCAAAAUAGAUAACGGUCGACGACGUACAUUAAGUACUGGUCAUGAUCCUCGACAAGUAUUAAAUAUGAAUAAUGAUGAUAGUAAUAAUAAUUUAAGUAAUAAAUGUCCAAGUUGUGGACAUAUUGUUGAUUGGAAUUUAUGUAAAACUAAACGACGUGAAUGGAUAAGUGGUGUGCAUGCAUUAAGUUGUUCAAAAACCGAUUGUGUCUAUUGUCCAGUUGAUAAUUGCACCUAUUUGUGUUCAGGUAGAGCUGAUUUAUCUGCUCACCUAACAAGUAUUCACUUUCCGGAAAUUCAACAUCAGCUAGUGCGGUUAAUUUUUGCUUGCCCACUUAAAGAUUGUCAAAUUAUUUGUUCUGAUGAAGCAUCAUUUCAAGCUCAUUUCACUGGGCAUCUCCAUGGUCAUCUUCCAGGUGAUUUGACUGAACUAUUCAAUCCAUCCUCUUUAACAACAACUAUCGGAACAAAAAUAUUAUCACACACAGCUAUGACAACAGUAACAUCAACACCAGUGGUUGUAACAUCAACACCUAUUGUACAGUCAUUAAUAGACAAUUGUGUUGACACAUCACCACAUUCAUUAUCAUCAAACCUUUCUUAUGGACAAACAACUCACUGUUUAACAGAUUACACUACUAAUACAUUGUCCCAGUCGUCAGCAUGUGACAAUUAUCAUGUAUCACUAAUUAAUAUUCAACCUAAUUUAGCAGUUGGAGGGGAUGGUCUUUCAGGCACUUAUGAAAAAUCACCCAAUUCAAAUAAUAUUCAUUCAGAGGCAACACUAGUGACAGCUGCGGCGGCAGCACCAACGGCAGUAGAUUUGAUUCCUAAUCAUACCUCAUCGUUCGACAACUCCUCUGAAUCUACGUUACUAAACCAUCAUCAACAAUCUGCGUCCAUUGUCUCUAUGUCGUCAGAUCUAAACAGUUUCAAUCAUUAUUGUUCUCACCAACAUCAUCAAAGACAACAGCAUUUCUCUGUGUUCCCAAGUUCACUGUUCCCCAAUGAUGAUGGUUCAAUAACUACAUUAUCGGAAGCUCUUAAAUCUGAUUCUGACGAUAACGUGAAUGAUGUUUCAAAUGGUUUUGCCAAUCUUGGGACUACUGAAACAGAUCAUGUGGAUUUGACAGAUAAUCGGAAUUUAUUGUCAGCCCUUGACUUAAUACCUGAUGAUAUAUUGAUUGAAUUACUUAAAGAAGAUAGAGCAAGUCUAUGGGGUGAUCCUGUUACGAGUAUUAAUAAUAAUAGUAGAAGUAGUCGCGCAGUCAAUUCAGUUUUAUCAGCUCCUUACGAAUGUAACACAGAGUCGCCUUGUUCAAUUGUUGAUAAUACUAAUAAUAAUAAUGAUCAUAUUAACGAUAAUUACAUGCCAAUAAAAUGUGUAGAGAACAAUGAAGAUUAUAAUGUUAAUUAUAAUCCAUGUGAUACAUCCAGUAUAAGUGAUUCCAUUGAUGAUUGGAUUGAUUUCAAUGUGACUGAUUCUAUUUCACGAUUGAAUUCAUUGGAAAAUCUUCAUAAAAGAAAUGUGAGUAGUUCAAAUUUAUUAUUAUCAGAUGAUUCUAAUAGUAAUGGAAGUAAUAGUAGUUGGAUUCCAUCAAAUAUUAUUCAUCACACAUGGUCAUCUGCAAUUGCUAAUGAAAAACUAUCCAAUUCUAAUUAUAAUAAUAUUAAUUUAGUGAACGAUUUUAAUCAACGUCAUUUCAAUUGUCCACAUCGUGUUAUCUCUGAUUUGACUGCUGCAUUAAUCCUACCAGAUGUUGAACGUCGUUUAAAAGCGUCAAUUUCUGCAACACAUACUACUACUUCUACUAAUCAUAAUAAUAAAAGUAAUAAAUCAAAUUUGCCAUCAUCAUCAUCAACAGUUGAUUCGUCGAUUCUUAGUUCACAAGCAUCAUCUCAAACUACUUUCUCAGCAAUUACAACAAGUACUAUAAAAAAACAUCAAUCAUGUUGUUCCGGUAAACGUAGACGUAAUGCUUCUGAAUCACCUCCACUAUCCGCUUAUAAUGCAGCAUCGUGUAAUAAUAAUGUUAUAAAAUCAUCAUCUGAUUGUUGGAAACAUAGUAUGAACAGUAUUCAAGUUAUUUCACCUAAUUCAUUGAAGCGUCCAUAUCAUUCAAAAACUUUAAUAUCAGUCGGCAAUCAUAAUGACAGUAAUAAUAACACGUCACAUUUUCGAAAAACAACGACUACUACUACAACUCAAUUAGACUCGGAAACCUUGAAUUCAAAAGACCGUAAUAAUAAUAAUGACAAGAAUAAUAAUUGUUCAACAAUUGAACAACAACAAAAUGUUGACCAAACUGUAGGCGGACAUUAUGAACAGAAUGCUAAUCAUAAUGUGGUCAAGAUUAAUUUAACUGAAGAACAGGAACAUGAACGAGAACAACAAUUAUUCGUGAAUUCUACCACUACUACUACUGCAAUUAAUUCAAUUAGUUUAUUUCCUACUAAAAUACGUAUGCAACAUGAAUCAAGAAAACGUUUAAAAAAGCAUCAAAAAUCAUCUACAUUAACAUGUCGAACAUUGUUCACACCUCCUUCUUAUUCCAUUGAUAAAUAUAUCAUACCUAGACCGGUUCUGCCUAGACGUCAUUCAAUGUUGGCGUCAUCAUAUAACCUUGUAGUUUCUGAUUAUGGUUUUACGCAUUUACCUCAUUGACUAUAAUGAUAAUUUCAUGUAUUUAUGUAUGUGUAUGUUUGUUUGUUUUAUUAUUUACUGCCUAUAGUACUUACUACUUGAUACCUCCUCUCAAAGCCAUAUCUCUCUUCGUUAACUUUAUUUUCAGUUAUCUGUUUUGGGUUGUAUUUUUUUCUUUCAACUUUAUUUUUACUUACUAUGAUGAAGAUUUCUAUUUGUGAUGACUUUGCGUCAUUAUGUUUCUCUACUGAUUCUUUGUAUUGUAAUGAUUCUCAUAUCAAUCUCCAUGCAAAGUGGAACUUAAUCACCCCCCCCCUCUUUGUGUAUGUGUGCGUAGAGAGAUAAUUCUUAUCAUGAUUUAUUGACUGGCAUUUGAUCCUUUCUCGCUGUCCAUUGUUUGUUGUGGUUGUCGUUUAUAUCGUUCACUUUCUGACGAAUGGUUCAUGUAGUGUUUGUUUUGUUAUGCAUACACAGGCAUACGAUUUAUCAUCUCUUCCUAAAUAUUUUUACUUAAUACUUUUGCCUACUUGUAAGUAGUUAAAGUAAUCUGCCUUCAUUUGUCAAGACUCAUGAAAUUCAAUUACCACCACUGAAUAAAUGAUAAUAAUGCGACAACCAUUGAUUAAUUAUAUUUGUUUGUUCGAGUUACAUUUUCUUCCAUUAUCAAUCUUAGGUACGUUUCUUUCUUUACCAUUUACUUUUCGUAUUCCGUUUCUUUUCUAUAUUUUUUUCAUGCGCCACAUCCAAAAUAAUUCUUCCCACAUUUUGUAAAUUUCUGUCUCCACCCUCUCUCUCCCUCUAUGUUAUCUUAUUCAAACAUGAAUUCAAUAAUUCGUAUUGUAUUAAUCCUGUUUAUUAUUAUUAUUAUUAGUUGUUGUUGUUUUUUAUUUACCCUAAUUACUUACUUUUCAUCAAUAUAAACAUAAGAUCUCGUAUUUGUUGUUGCACUUCUCUGCUUUGUUAUUUUUUCCUCUCAUUGUUUAUAAUUAAUAAUGAUUAUGUCAUUAGUAUUUUGAUUAAUAAUUAAACAUAUACUACUUAUAGUAAUACGGUUUAAUUAUUACCAUUGGUUUGUUUUAUUUUCGUACUGUGACAAAAAAAACUACCCUUGUUUGUUGCAUUUUCAUUCUUUAAAUAAUACUUUCAUAUCAUGAUUCUGUUGACGAAUUAAUUCUUCAGUUUGUUAUCUUUUGAAGUGAAUAAAAAGAUCUUGACAGUAUUAUUUAUUUAUUUCACUUUUAUACUUUACAACGUUGAAUAUCCUUCAACUAUAUGAUAUAUACUUCUUGUGAUAAGUGCAAAUUUUUAUGUUCCACUAUGUUUCUAAUUAAGAAAAGGCAUAUCUAUAUGAUGUGUUGAGUUCAUACAUGAAAUAUAUUGAAAAAACAAAUCAUCACCUCCUCCUACCCCCCAUUCAUCCAGUGCAAAUUUAUCAUGAACAUUGUAUAGUUUAUAAUCUGUUUAUUGAAUCCAUUUGUAUAUCUGUUGUUAUAAUCAUAUUCUUAUUGUAUUUGUCUUAGUGAAAUAUUAAAUUAAACUGGGAAAUGUGGGAAGUUUUUUUAUUUUUUUGUUGUUUUUGUUUUCAUAUUUAUAAUUAAUUAACGUUGGUUAUUUGAUAUAUCGGAUUAUAUAAUACAAAUGAAUGAGUUAAUUAUCCCCCCCCCGAACUAACCGGUCAUUCAUUUGAUCCCUAUACCCCUUCUAUCCAUACACACAUACAUACAAACAUACACGCGUGAUCAGCUAUAUGAUAUAAUUUUAGUAUCCAUUCUAUAGAGAAAAAAAAUGUUUUUUUUUCCUGUUUAUGUAUGUAAUUGGAUCGUAGAAAACAAAAAGGUUGUUGAACUUUGUUUUAG